UUCUCUACAUUAGGCUGCCUUCCGGGGCUUCAUGGUCCGACGUCAAUUCCAGAGCCUUCGAGCUGAGUAUGAGGCAAUUGUCCAGGAGAUUGAGGGUGACCUCAGCACGCUUCAGUGGACUGGGGGAUGGAUUCCAAGGCCCAUAUUUCUCCCAGAGGCAAAAUCUCAUCGAUCCUGGAAAGCAGAGAAAAUCACAAACCCAGAGCAGAAACUAUGGAGCCAUUCCCCAUAUAAAGACUCUAAAAAGGAACUCAUCUGGGAGGAGAUGGCUCUGAAGAAGACAGAAAAGAGCCCAGCAAAGCCAGGAAGUCUUUGCAGAGAUGAUAGCCCCUGGUCACAGGCUGAGCAGGGCAGGAGAGCCAGCCAGGGGAACAGCAGAGAUACCUCUGUCUCCAGGGUGGAAAAUGCAGUCACAGAUCUAGGAUUGUCCCAGAGCCAACAGGAGCUCCAGGAGCAGCGCAACCACUUGGCCAUGGAGCUGCUGUGGCUGCAGCAGGCCAUCAACAGUCGAAAGGAGUACCUAAUUCUCAAGCAAACCCUGAGAUCCCCAGAAGCCAGCCAGACCAGAGACGAGCCUCCCAACACGUGCCUGAAGCACAGGGGACAGGCCCAUGAGAAAACCUGGUUGCAGUCAAGCUGUGUUCUGGACAACCAGUCGUACAGAGACAGGAUUAUAGGAGAGCCCUGUCAUGCAGAGGACACCUGCCACAAGGGCAGACUGCAGCCCCAGAAAUCCCCAGACAGUGUGACCAGUACUGGCAAAGCCACUGCUGGGUCUAAAGGCAGGGAACUCUGCUAUGGGAACUCUGGAUCACACCUGCCUGCAGCAUUAGAGAGCCAGGCUGGAGGGGACAGGGUCGCCAAAGGGCCAGACCAUGGAGGACAGCCCUUUAAUGAAACCUCCCUACAGCAGUUGAAACUCCUAGAGGAUCAGACCCCUGGGGACCUCAGGUUUAGGAGUCCUUAUUCUGGAAAAGCUGAAACACAGCCACCUACUCUCUGCGAAAAUCUAAAUGUUAACGACAGAUAUUCCAGAAAGCCAAGCUACAAGGAGGCCGACUGCCGAAGGGCCGGGCCCUGUGAUUUGAGUAUCUCAGAAGGCCACAUGAUUUGGGAUGAGACCUUGGCAGGGCAGGAACGUGGUAGUCUGGAUCUCACAAGGACUAAACCACCCAAGAGCCAACCUCCUAGUACUAGCACUUCUAGGUAUCUCACAAGGACUAAACCACCCAAGAGCCAACCCCCUAGUGCUAGCACUUUGAGCCAUGGAACGACCAGUGAGCUUAGUCCAGAAGGAUGGGAAAGCCAUGGGACUCUGCAGUGCAGAUGAAGAAAUGGAGAACUUGUCUUUCGCAAGACAGGACUAGGGGAAGGGCAGAUACUAGCAAGAAAGCAGGACCAUCAGGGAAGACGUGAGGAUCUAGGAGAGGAAGGGUUCCCAAAGGGGAUGCUAUGAAAAAUGAUAAGGGAAGCAGGCCCUUGUCCUGCCUCCGUGGUAUCACCUCUGUCUCCUGCCCUUGGCCCUUGGUAUCAGGCUAAGAGAAGCUGGAGGGCUGAACUGGUACAAUAGGAGAAAGGAGGAGGCCAUGCCCUUGUAUCUUCCGCCUGUGACUUAAGCCAAAUUUCACCUUGUCUUGGGGUAACUAGGGUAGGAGGAUCAUGGAGAAUAAGAGUUUUUCUUGGACUG